AUGCAGCGUCGUCACACGGCAAUGCCAUACGGCAUGAGUCACGGCAAAAGUCACAUGUCGAAUUUACAAAGAGGUGGUUCAGGCGACGAUGCGACCCGACAAAGUCGCAAGUCACACACUGGCACUGAACGGCGAGCUUGCAGAGCUAUUCUGACGCUCCAUUCGACUGUGAGGCUGCAGAACGGUUCUUUGACGCGACGAUGCUCCCUUCGACUGCGGGGUCUCAGAAGGGUUCUGUGUCGCACCGAUGCUCGAUUCAAUCGUGAGGCUGCAAAACGGCUCUGUGCCAGCGCUACACUCGUGAUUCUCGACUUUUUCGGCAAGACUCGUCCCACCACGCCGGUCGUGGUCAAGACGCUCAAGAGAGCUGCAGCGGUGCCUGCCACGGACGCUGCCUCGCCGUCGCCCUCCUCCUCCUCCAAGCACAACGCCUUUGCCGCUCGCAAGGCUCAGAGGGACGAGGUUGCAGGCACCUCGGCUGGCAGCAAGAGCCGCGAGCCCGACUCGCCCUCGACGCCGUCAUCGACCCCCUCCUCGUCCAAGACGUUUGGAUGGACGCCUGCUUCGAGGCUCCUUCGCUCAACGCCGCCCUCCUCCACCCGUCCCUCGCAAGCGUCUGUCUGGACGCCGUCGUCGCCUCCUUCUCCCUGUGGAGCUUCGACGCUGCCCGCCUCCCUUUGGCCGCCUCUGCCGUCGCCGCUCCCUUCGACCCCCCCUCGCCAGCCCUCGUCGUCGCCGUCGCCCUCCUCGCAGACCCCGCCGACCGCCUCUGGGCCACCCUCUCGACCUGGCCGCUUCGCCCCCAGGUCGUUCAGCCUGCGCGCAGAGGGUACAGGCAACCGUGGACUGUCUCGCCACGGUCACCUGGCCAAGGUGGCUGGUCGCAAGGUGCUGGGCCUGCCCGCUCCUCUGCCCAUCCGUCGACUGGAGAGGUCGCAGGUGGCAGGCGCUGGAUCGUACCCCGGCCGCAACGGCAUCAAGAAGGUGAAGGUCGUGAUCAAGCACACCUUCUACAAGCCUUCCAAGACGGACCCUCGCCAGUACUGGUACUGGUGCGUGUCGGUCAACGGGUACGGCAGGGAUGUGCAAAAGAAAAAGACCAACUACCUCAAGUUGGUCUUUGCGACAGAGAGGGAGGCGAAACGGUGCCAGGCAGUGUGGAAGCGGCUGAUCGCCCAGCACCACGCCCUCCUGGACUUCAAGGAGAUCCGCAACCUGGUCAGGGAGGUGGUGUACCCGUUGGAGGUCCAGGAGCAGCUCGACGGCGGCCGUCGGUUCAACUUUCAGAACCACGGCGUCGAAAGCAUCCUUCGACACCGACGGUGCCAGCUGUUUCGCGAUGGCGUCUGUACGGUGAGGCACGUGUGCUUCUCGUGCAAGAGGAUCGUCCCUUGUAUGGAGGUGGGCGUCGAAGUGCAGUGCUUCGACUGCUCGAUCCGGCGAUGGGGGCAGAUCUGGGGGUCGUCGAAGCUGGAGGAUACGGUCAAGCUGAUCGCGAAGAGGGAUGCGAGGCGUUCUGGUGCUGAGGAGAGUCUGUCGAUCACAGAGGCUGGUCGACUGCACGCCGAUCCCCACCGUCGCUCGCCGUUUGCCAUGUCGGCGGCCAGAUUCCUGCACGAGCAGAACGACGCUGCCAAGGACGAGCUGGUGGCGGUGUUGAGGCGGGUGAUGCGAGGUGGUGCGGUCGGCAGCUUGGCCAGCGAUCCGACUGCUGUCGCUGUGGCAGAGGUCGAUCGCAUCGGCGAGACCUACGCCUUCAGCCUCUUCCUCAACGUCAAGGAGAGGCUCACCGCUUUCUCGCCGAGUAUCGACCUGCGGUACCAGGUCGAUGGCGUGCACAGGCUGGAGUCGUGCUGGGUCGUGCCGCGGUGGUACAACCUCGCCAAGAAGCACGGUCUGGGUGUGAUGGUCGAGCUCACCAUCCUUGCCGCCCAGCUCCGGCACUCGCACUCGCAGGGCCGUCUGCCUGCAGCCCUGGCCGACAUUGCCAGGCUCGCCGCUCGCCUGCAACCUCUGGACGAGGUAUCGCAGGAGUGGCACACGCUCAAGGGGCAGGCGAUCCAGGGUCGGCAGAGACUCGUUCUGGCGGAGCAGAUCGAGAUCGUCGAGCAGCUCUUCCACGGCAGGGCCAGGGAUGCCGUGGACGUCGUCCAUGCGCUCGCUGAUGGGCCGUACACCAUGGCGAUCACCAACAACGGGGUGACCGUCAAGGAGCUGCGCAAGAUGUGGCCCGAGACGAGCCCUGCGGUGCAGGGCUUUGUGCAGGGAUUCGUCGAGCCUUUCCUCGCAGCACACGCACACACGAACACGCUCAAGAGGAAUGGCGAUGGAUUUCCGACGUUCUUUUGGGGAGAGGAUACGUCGACGAAGGAGGUGUGCGAGUUUUUGUUUGGAAGGGGGAAGCGGGCGAGGGAGGUGUGCGACAGGAGGAACACGAAGAUGUUCGCCUUGGAGGAGGAGCAAGGAGAGGAGGACAGCGUCGAGAAGGAGGGCGCUGGGCAUGGGAGCGAUGGGCAUCGGUGGAUGGGCCCGCUCGCCGUCGCCGCGUACAUGCUCAUGUCGGCGGCAGAGGCAACCGCAGGUGAUGCGGUUGGCGACCCCUUCGACGGCCAGUCGCUUCCCGACGCUUGGUCUGGCCUGCCGCUGUUCUCUGGACCGACGACGUUGAUCGCCCACAAGGAUCACGGUCGGUUCUUCCACCUGGGCUUCGAGACGAACGCGCCGAGGUACGGCGACUGGCAGCCCGACCUGGUCAAUGCCAGGAUGGAGCUGUACAAGAGCAACUGGAUGGUGCAGGCGCUGAGGGUGAGCACCCUGGUGGCGAUCCUGCAGGCGACGCGACAGCAGUGCAGGAUGUGGCUGGCGAUCUUGGUAAGGGUUGGACUGGUGGAGAGGGGCGCUCAGGAAGCUCGACAGGCGUUGCAGGGCGAGCUGGAUGUGGAAUCGGUGGUGCGACACUUUGGCACCAACGGUGUUUCGACGCUCGAGCUGGGCUGGUCCCGUCGUCGUUUGCUUCUCGGUCAAGGCAAGGAAGUACAAGAGACAGCGCUGUACACAGGCGGUGAGGAUGGCGAGCAGCGAAUCAGAUGUAGAUCGCCGAGCGAGAUAGGCUUUGCGAGCUCUUCUCAUCGCACACAGACUGAUCAAGCAAGGAUCGGCGAGCUUGCAAGCUUGCCUGCGAAGAACGAGCGCUUGUACGACCACGGCGAUCUUCUCGAUGCGGGGUAG